CACGUGCAGUAGUCAUGGUUCAAGACGCACAGAGGUUUAUCUUAACUCCAGCAGUCGGGUGAGGAUGACUUGGAAGCCUCUGCAAGAUCCUGGAAUGGAAACUACAUUGAAUAAUGUAUUCUGAAGUAUACUGGAUACCUGAGGAAGGGCUCUAAAUAAUGCAUUUUCUGGGCAUGACAGUUGUAGCAGAAGAGAAUGCUGAAACCUGUAGCAAGACUACAGCCUGAGAUGAAAGAAUGUCUCAUUACCAUUUUAUCAAAUGCUGCUGUUUCCGGCUAUGUAAUGUUUUUCGGUCCCAUGAGAUGGAAAUUGAGCAGUGCUUGCUGGAGUCCCUCCCUCUCGGCCAGCGGCAGCGGCUGGUGAAGCGGAUGCGCUGUGACCAAAUAAAGGCAUAUUAUGAGCGAGAAAAAGCUUUCCAGAAAUGGGAGGGCUACGUGAAGAAACUGAAACGUGGAAAGAGUCAAGUUCGUUUUAAUCUUGCUGAUAUGAUACAGGAUGCAAUCAUACGUCAUGAUGAUAAAGAAGUGCUACGGCUAUUGAAGGAUGGUGCUGACCCUCAUAUGCUUGUUUCCUCAGGAGGCUCCUUGCUCCAUCUGUGUGCCCGCUAUGACAAUGCAUUUGCUGCAGAAAUUCUAAUUGACAGAGGAGUAAAUGUAAAUCAUCAAGAUGAGGAUUUUUGGACAUCAAUGCAUGUAGCCUGUGCCUGUGAUAAUCCUGAUAUUGUCCUGCUACUGCUAAUAGCUGGAGCAAAUGUGCUUCUGCAAGACGUUAAUGGAAACAUUGCCCUUGAUUAUGCCAUAGAAGGGACUGAAUCUAGCAGCAUCCUUCUGAUGUUCUUGGAAGAAAACGGUGUAGAGCUGAAUUCAUUGCGCCAAAUGAAGAUACAGAGAUCUAUGACAAUGCUUACAGAUGUCCGACAGCUCAUAUCAAGUGGAGGGAGCGUGAAUCAAAAGAAUGAUGAAGGAGUGACCCUGCUUCAUGUGGCCUGUGCUAAUGGGUACAAGAAUGUUGCAUCUCUGAUACUGGAUCAUGGGGCUGAUCUCAAUGUAGUGGAUAAUCAGUACUGGACACCCCUACAUUUAGCUGCAAAGUACGGACAGACCAACCUUGUGAAGCUGCUUUUGAUGCACUGGGCAAAUCCCAAUCUUCUUAACUGCAAUAAUGAGAAGCCUUCAGAUGUUGCAGCUUCUGAGUUUAUUGAGGAAAUGCUUCUGAAGGCUGAAAUUGUUUGGGAGGAAAAAAUGAAAGACCCCUUAGCUGUUUCUACUUUAUCUCAAGAAGAGCCAUAUGAAGAGAUUAUCCAUGAUCUGCCCACAAUUUCCAAUAAACUCAAUCCCCUGGCUUUACCAAUUGCCAAGCAAGACAGUUUGCUGGAGAAAGAUACCAUGUUUAAAGAUGCAGCUAAAGGCUUAUGUAAGCAGCAAUCUCAGGACAGUGCAUCUGAAAAUGUCACUGCGAACAUUACAACCAAACUUGAACAGAUCAAGCUAAUGCCUCCAGCUCCAAAUGAUGACCUGGCUUCUCUGAGUGAGCUAACAGACAGCAGUCUGCUUUAUGAGAUUCAGAAGCGUUUCAAUAAUAAUCAGAUAUAUACCUACAUUGGUGAUAUACUGUUGCUUGUUAACCCAUUUAAAGAACUUCCAAUUUAUUCUACCAUGGUCACCCAGCUUUAUUUAAGUAACUCUGGAAAAUUGUGUUCCUCACUUCCCCCACAUAUAUUUUCCUGUGCUGAAAGAGCUUACCACAUGCUAUUCCAGGAGCAGCGUCCUCAGUGCUUCAUCCUCAGUGGAGAAAGUGGUUCUGGGAAGACUGAAGCCUGCAAACAGAUAGUGAAGCAUCUCACUUGCAGAGCCAGCUCCAGCAGAAACACCUUUGAUACACAGAUAAAACAUGUAAACUGUAUCUUGGAGGCCUUUGGACAUGCUAAGACACCCUUGAAUGAUUUUUCCAGCUGUUUUAUAAAAUAUUUUGAGCUGCAGUUUUGUGAGAAGGAAAAAACAUUAAUUGGAGCUAGGAUUUAUACAUACAUGUUGGAGAAGUCACGUGUCAUUAUGCAGCCUCUCAACCAGAGUAAUUUUCAUGUUUUUUACUUGAUGAUGGAUGGGCUGUCUGCUGAAGAAAAGUACAACCUGUACCUCAGUAAUUUGUCUGCACACAGGUAUCUAAGCCAGACUGCAGUGGAAGAGUUGAUGUUAACAGCCAACCCUCAAAACAGGGAGAAAUUAGCCAUGCUAAAACAAGCUCUAGGUGCUAUGGGAUUCAACAGCCUGGAGGUGGAGAACCUGUUUGUAAUUCUCUCAGCAAUUCUGCAUCUUGGAGACAUUCGCUUUACGACUCUGACAGACGCUGAGACAGCAUUUGUGUCAGACCUGCAGCUACUGGAACAAGUGGCAGGGAUGUUGCAGGUUUCACCAGAUGAGCUUGCUUCAGCCUUAACAACUGAUGUUCAGUAUUUUAAAGGAGACAUGAUUGUACGGAGGCAUACUAUAGAGAUUGCAGAAUUUUACCGGGAUCUCUUGGCAAAAACUCUUUAUGGUCGUUUAUUUAGCUUUUUAGUCAACACAAUCAACUGCUACCUUCAAAAUCAAGAUGAGACUGACAGUGACCAGGUAUUUGAAAUUGGAGUACUGGAUAUUUUUGGAUUUGAAGAAUUUCAAAAGAAUACUUUUGAACAGCUGUGUGUCAACAUGACCAACGAGAAGAUACACCAGUAUAUCAAUGAAGUCCUUUUCCUACAAGAGCAAGCAGAAUGUGUACAAGAGGGAGUUGCCAUGGAAACGGUGUAUUCUCCUAGUAACCAUACUGCAGCCUUGGAUUUUUUCUUUCAGAAACCAUCAGGCUUUUUGUCAAUGCUGGAUGAAGAAAGCCAAUCUAUUUGGUCAGUGGAACAGAGUCUUUCUAAACGCAUUCAGUCUUACUUGGAUGCAUCUGACAUGAAUACAGUAUAUUCCUCCACAAAAGAUGGAAACGGUAAUCUUGCCCCAAAGGAUCAGGGCUCCACCUUCACUGUUAUGCAUUAUGCUGGGAGGGUUACUUAUGAAAUUGCUGGUGCGAUAGAAAAAAAUAAAGAUACCCUUUCACAAAAUCUUGUAUUUGUAAUGAAAACCAGUGAAAAUGUAGUCAUCAAUCAGUUGUUCCAGUCCAAGCUGACACAAACUGGAUCACUUGUUCCUCCAUAUCGUUCCCUUAAAGUCAAAGGGUGUAAAACAGCUUUGCUAAAACCAUCAGUAAUGUCUGCAAGUGGAGAAGCAAAGAAAUACAUUGAGCUCAGCAAGCUGUUGAAAAAGAAAGGAACAUCCUCAUUUCUUCAGAGACUGGAACGAGGGGGCCCAACCACUGUGGCAGUACAGCUCAGGAAAUCACUCACAGAUAUUAUUGGGAAGCUGCAGAACUGCACGCCACAUUCUGUUCAUUGUAUAAAGCCUAAUAACUCCAAGUUGCCAGAUACUUUUGACAAUUUUUAUGUGUCUGCUCAACUGCAGUAUAUUGGUGUUCUAGACAUGGUCAAAAUCAUACGACAUGGGUAUCCAAUACGUCUCUCUUUCACAGACUUCUUGUCAAGGUAUAAAGAUUUGGCUGAUACAGAAGCAGGAGAGAAGAAGAAGUUGUCUGCCAAGGAGAGAUGUCGUCUUGUUCUUCAGCAGUGUAAAUUACAAGGCUGGCAGAUAGGAGUCCGAAAAGUGUUUCUUAAGUACUGGCAAGCUGACCAUCUCAACGAUUUGUGCCUUCAGCUUCACAAGAAAAUUAUAACCUGCCAAAAAGUUGUAAGAGGAUUUCUAGCUCGCCAGCGCUUGUUACAGAGGAUGAGCAUCAAACAGCAAGAGGUCACCUCAAUCAACAGCUUCUUGCAGAACGCUGAGGAUAUGGGAUUGAAAACAUAUGAUGCCUUGGUUAUUCAAAAUGCUUCUGACAUUGCUCGGGAAAAUGACCGGCUCCGCAACGAGAUGAACACUGCUUACCACAGGGAAAAGUUAGAUGCCAGAAAGGCAUCUGGCAGACCAGAAGAAGGCCACAAAAGAGCUGAAGACAAGGGUGGGAAGGUCUCUGAGGACAGCUUUGCCGGCUGUCGAAUGCCUAAGCACUUUCAUUCCAGCUCCGUCCCUGUCCCCAUGGCAGUGGACAGCUUGGUACAUUCUGCUGCUGGGUCAUCCAUCAGAUCCCCCUCCCUGCACUCUGUGUUCAGCAUGGAGGAUAACAAUAGCCAGUCAUCACCAAGGAAACAGCCUCCUCCCAAACCAAAGAGGGACCCCAACACGCGACUGAGCGCUUCAUACGAGGCUGUUAGUGCUUGCCUGUCGGCAGCUUCUAAGGAAACUGCUAACGAAGUACUGACCCGUCCAAGGCCACACAGUGAUGAUUAUAGUACUAUGAAAAAAAUACCUCCCAGAAAACCAAAACGAAGUCCCAAUACAAAACUUAGUGGCUCUUACGAAGAAAUACCUGGCCAAAAGCCCGGUGAUGUAAAACAGACAAGCACAGUAGCUAAACCAGGUGUCUAUGACACUAUGGCAGUACAGAGAGCAGCUUCUGCUGAUGGGCCACAACAUGGCGUGUUGAGUCUCUAUAUGUCACAAGAAGAGGAGGAAAAUGAGCCUGUCUAUAUUGAAAUGGUAGGGAAUGCAAUGAAGAGCAUUUCUGCUGAAGCAGAAAGUCCAGAACAAGGAGAGUCUGUAUAUGAAGAAAUGAAGUAUUUUCUACCAGAAGAAGGAAGCAAUGGUAAUGGAAUAGUUCCAGUAGUGACUGGAUCUCCUCCUUUGUUGUUUGAAAGCAAAAAAACCUUUAACAUUGAAGAUGGGCCAUUGGAUGGAAACAGUCAGGCAGCUUUGAUCUAUAAAGAUUCAUGUGACAUUCCAGCCCCUUUCCCUAACUUGCUCCCCCACAGACCACCACUUCUUGUAUUUCCUCCAACCCCUGUCACGUGUUCACCUGCUUCUGAUGAAUCACCUCUAACACCACUUGAAGUCAAAAAGCUUCCUGUAUUGGAAACCAACCUAAAAUACCCCGUGCAGUCCGAAGGAUCAAGUCCGUUAUCACCACAGUACUCCAAAAGCCAGAAAGGGGAGAAUGAAAGACCAGCAUCUCCAGGCUUGGUUGUGUUCAAUGUUUCCAGCAAAGUGACUCCUCCUUCCACGCCACCUCCUCCUCUCCCACCACCCCCUCCUCCUGUACCACCUUCUAUUUCCUACCGGGCUUCCACACAUUUUGCAUUUCCUCCAGAAACUUGUGCUAGUUUUCUAAUUAAUACAGGGAAAACAGGUACAAGCUCAGAUCUUCCAAAAGUACCUCAGAGACCAAAUCCUGCUCAGCUUGGAUGCUCCUCUUCUCCGUUCUCCAAACUGCCUUACUCCCCAAAGGUGGCAAGAGCAGAUCACAGGAAAUUGAACUCAAAUUCAUCAUCUUCAUUUUCAUACAGCCCUACAAACUCAAGGUCAUUGACCAGUCCCCUUGAUGAGUUAACUAGCUUGUUCAACUCAGGACGGAGUGUGCUACGAAAAUCUGCAGCAGGAUGUAAGAUCAGGGAACCAGAAGGUGCUGAAACUAAUCUGAACUUGAGGAGCAGGGAAGAUCCAAACACAUCAGAUAUUGGAUCAGAAACCCAGGAUAAAAAUGCAAACAACCAUGGAACUCAGUCGUCUAAUCCACUGUCCAGUUCUGUGACUGCUGAAAAUGGAAAUUCAGUAUCAAAUGGUUUACCAGAGGAAAAUGAAUAUUCAAGACUGUCAGCCGGCAAUACAGCAGGCUCAUCGAUUCAAAGACAUAGGGAGAGCCACACUAGUCAGGUUAUUCACCAGCUUAGACUUUCAGAGAAUGAGAGUGUGGCUCUGCAAGAGCUUCUAGAUUGGAGGAGAAAGCUGUGUGAAGAGAGAGAAGACUGGCAGCAAAUCUUACACAACACUGAGCAAAGAAUCACAGCCCCACCUCCGCCCCCUUGUAAAAAGCCAACGCUGCUGAAGAAGGUAGAAGAUACCUCCUGCAACAGACUCUCUUCAGGCAUAUGGGAUUCCACCAUGUGAUUCAGAAGUGUGUGUUUGCAGACUGUUAGGAAUGAAACCAUCUAAAGACUUCAAUCUGCACUAUCAGCAAGUUCUCUUCCCUUCACAAAGUGUGCAGGGAUUUUUUAUGAGUGCUCAUUCAAGAGCACAGGAUGGAGGAGCUGUUUAGAUCUGUUGUGUGUGUGUGUGUACAUGUGUAUGUUUGUUCUUUUCAUAUAUAUACACAUAUACAUAUAUGUGUUCAUCUGUGACUUUAUAUAUGUAUGCAUGUGUAUAUAUAUAUGGAGACAAACUGCACUAUAAGUACUUAGUUUAAAAGUACAAGACGGUCACUUAGAAUUUUCCUAUGGACAGUGAAGAAACUGUGUUAAGCAAAUGAUGAUGGGGAGAAGUGUCUGACAGGCAUUUUAGAGAGCUUGGGAAAGUCUAUGUGCACACUGUACAGCUGUUUUAUAUAGUACAAAAAUAUGAUGUUUCUUGUUCCCUAAUGAAUGGUUUUAUUAUAUUACAUGUAUACAUAUAUAUAUUUCUUUGUAGAUGUCUGUGUUCUAUUGGCGUUGCAAACCUGAAGGUUAUUUACAUGUUUAUUACUGGUGUUUUAUAACUUCAUGCAAUUGGUGCUGUCGUUCUUUCUUCAAAAUACAGGUCAUACAUUCAGUACUUGCAUUUUUCUUUCAUAGUUUAUCUUUAACAACAUACCAAACAGUUUCAACACUGUAUUGUUUUCUCAGAACUGGCAAUAUCCUUUCUAAAAUCUAAUCCUGAAAUUCUUGCAAAGCUUCUAUAUACAGGUGUGAUUUGGUGCUGUUCACAGCCACGAAUUAGAGGGAAUGACUUUCUUUCUGUGGACCUGUGUUUCUGAAUGUGUGCAGCUACAUCUCAAAUCUUAUUUCAUUCUGGGUUAUGCAAAAUAAUGAGGCACUCAUUUAGAUUACAAAUAUGGUUUGAAAUUCAUACCUGAUUAUGCAUAGGGUCAGGUGUCAGUGGAAAGAUAGAUAAUGGUAAUGAGGUAUGAAAAUAGGGCUGUGAUUUACUGUUGCAAGCCAGAAGGUUUUAUGGAGAUGGAUAUAUCAAAGGAUUAUGUCCUUAUGGUGGUACAGUGAUGCAUUUAUACCUCAAAUUUCGUGUAAUGAAAUGCUUUCAGAAACUGGAGCAUUCUAGUUGGCGAACAUGAGUUCUGAGUAGUAACGUUAAUUUAUGAAAAACAUGCUGCUGGAAAUUUGUUAGCUACUGCUCAGCAGUCUUUGAAAUACUGCUUUGCUACUAGAAGGUGUAAUUUAUAUAUAUACACAGGUAUUUUGUCAGGGACUGCUUAUUUUAAGUUCUUAGAGUAUGUAGAGCCAAUGUGAAACACUUUUCUUGGCUGUUUGCUCCAUUCCUACUGGGAUCCAGGAAAAAGUGCUUGUAAUUUUGCAAGUGGAUGUAAAACUAAUAUUUUCAAAUGUAAGCUAGAUUUAAAAAAGUAAGCUCACCCUUGUUUGGAAGUUGUUAGGAAAGUUAAAAAAAGACCUGCUUGGAGAUGUAGGUUUUUCCAUCAUGUUUGACAGAAGCUUCAAACAGGCUGAAUGGCAAAAAACAAUCACAUGCUUGUUUGUUUUUACAGAGAAGCAUCAAAACUCAAAUUGUUCUCAUGAGCAUCAUCAAGCUGUAGGCAGAAUUAAGCACCUUCACUUGCUGGAGAUUAAAAUAGACAUUUUGAGUGGACAAGGAAGGGGAGACACCAUGUUAGCUCAGAAUUUUACCUUGUUAUCACUGUUAGCUUCAUAGAAGUUCUCUCUGUUAAGAUUACCCAUUUCUAUUUCAUGGAGAAGCAGGGACUCUGGAAUCUGAAUUGUACCUUUAGCUGAUGUAAAUGGUCAUAGAUCAUUAUCCAGGAGGGGCAGCUAACCACUGUGAGGUUAUGCAGAAAACAACUCUCACCUGCUAAACAAUUAUGUCAAAAUAAGUCUUUGCCUGGAGGAAUUGAGGUUUCUGUCUUUUCAGAUAACCAGGGACAGAGAGAGAUCCCUGUGUAAAAGACCCCUGGAUGCAUGAGAGCUAAUUAACGUGACCUUGCAACUACAUUGCUUCCAGGGUGCAAGUUGUUAUCCUUACAUGGCACAGCAUCACUAUACAUAGCCAUAACAACAUCUAGCCAGCUAGCUUUGGAAUCCUGAACACCUCAUUGCACUGAGACAUGCAGACAUGCCCUCAGGCUUAUCACUCCUCAAAUGGGCCUGGCAAAUGGCCCUCUCAUAAGCUCCAUCAUAUUGCUGACUCUAAUGCCCACUAUCUGACUUGGCAACUGGUAGCAAUCAAUCCACAGCAGCCUGGCAGUUUAGGGCAAGCUGUAAAAACUGACUGAGAAGCCAGUUUAAAUCAUGCCAAGAUCCCUGCUGCAGCAGUGAACUUGCUACCAGUCACCAAGCUGACUAUUUGUAAGGUGAGCUUGUGUAUCUCCAGAUGACACUGUUGUCAUUGCUGCAUUUGUAAUGUGGGAGUACCCAGCAGGGAAAGAAUACAUUUGUCACAUGGAGUUUAAAAAGGAGUUUUAAAUGGGAAAUAGUAUAAAUGCACAUUAUACUAUUUGCAGUCUUUAUUAAAAGUUGUGAUAGAGCUGUGAUCAGCCGCGGUUGCAGGAGCUCAAAUGGGGUCUAAGGAACCUUUUUACUACUCUUUCACAGUCUGUAUUGUGCCCUAUGACAGCAAUAUGAACCAAGUGUAGAAAAAAGGUAUGUAGAUAUUUAGCAGUUUCAUCAAUACAGUUACCCAGGAGAAACCAGUACAAACCUGAUUCAGGCAAUCUGAAUCUCCAGACAAUAAGCAAAGCAGAUUAUCCCCACCGCUGUGCAGAAGACCUUUGUUCUAUUUUUCACAAACUCGGGUAAGAAAGACAUAUAUUUUCUGGGGGUCUUCCUUAAAGCAUGUUACCAGAAUGCAAUACAACAAACUAAAUAGCAGAAGAUGUGAGACCCUUUUUUUUUCAAUAUAGUUAUUAAUUCCAGGUUAUGUAAUGGCUAGUUUUUUGCUUGGGAGGAUUUUUCAGGAUAUUCCAUUAAAAUAUAAUACUAUAGGAAUAAAGUAUCUGUGUUAAAACAUGUUUUAAAUAUUUCUCUAAUGGCAGUAAGACACUCCAGAGUGUGACUUAUGAUGUCAUAAUUCACACCUAGUGUGUUCAUUGGUCCCUUGGCCUUUGGCCUUGUGCCUAACAAUGCAGUUGGUAGGGAAUUAUUAUACCAUAAUUCACACCCUACUGUGUCUUAUUGCUUAAAUAACCAUACCCCCAGAGGUGUCUUAAAACUGCCAUUAAAGUUUAUAUUGUAUAUCAAAAUGUGUUUACAGGGCUGGGAAAAUAUACUAUUGUCAUUUUGCAAUGUUGAGAAGUAGUUUUAGCAGAACUGUACAGUGCUUGUAAAUUAAUCUCCCUAGUGGAGUAUGCACCAGCCAAUUACAGUAUUUCUUGAGUAUAUGAAGUCCUCUCUUACACAUUAAAAAAUAGCUUAGACACAAAAAAAAAAAAAAAAAGCCUUAUGAAUUUAAUAUUCUAAAGGGAGAAAUUAAACUCUAUGAGCAUGCUAAUGCCCUUAAUAUCCAAUGAACAAUCUAAAAUAUAUUUAUAUUUGCAAUAAAGCAGUUUCAGGAAGCUGGGGUUAUCAUCAGAUAAUCACUCCUCCACAUUGUGCCUUAUUGCUUCAUUUUUAAUAUGUGAAACAAACAAAACUUCUAACAAAUCAGCCUGUCCUUCGGUAUAAGGUAAGAAGAAUCAGAUACAUUUUAUACUUUAAAAAGUCACUGGUCUUAUAGCCAAGGGAAUUCUGAAACCAUAUUAAACCACAAUAAAAGAAAAACAACAGCUGUUGGCAUGAGAAAUUUUUAAAGCUUGUAAACCUUACUUAUUACUCCUGAAAUAGCACUUGGUGGUUUUUAGUUGCUGUAGUUAUGUUCCUUUUGCAGAUUAUAAGCAAAACUUAACUUUUAAAAACUGAUUUAGAUGUUCAGAGAAAUACAUGCACCAAUAUUUUACAAAAGAUCUGUGUACAGCAUGAAGUGAAAAGCCUUUUAAAAAUCUGUAUUGUUUACAAAACAAUGGUAUGAUUGUUGAAUAAGUGAGUUACAUUUACCUAUUUGCCAGUAAUCCUUUUUUAUUCCUUCUAAAAGGUUGACUUAUUUUCAUUAAUAACUUUAUUAUACUGCAGAUCCUUUGUGUGUGGGACAAAGAAGUUCAUUAACUUGCUAAGAAAGCGUAAUGGAUUGUAGCAUAGUUCUAAAGUGAUAGUAAUAGCCAUAUUCAUUGUAGUUUUUAAUUCUGCUCUAUAGUAUUGACAUCCCUAGUAAUCCUGUGAUUCUUAUCUCUAUAAAGCCUGCUAAUAUCUGAAAUGCUCUGAGGAACCUAAAAUAAGUUUUGCCAUUCGCUUGUUAAACAAUAAAUGUUCUUAAACUCUGUGCAAGUCAGUUUUCCAGAAUGAUAUUAAACAUUUCAUGGCUUUGUGUUCUAAAUAUAUAGUUUUUAACGAGACUGAACGUAACUAUUUGUCAGUAGCUGAACAAAAGAGAAGGGUGUAUAAGGAAUGCUUCUCUUACAGUUUUGCUGUUCUCUGUAAACUCAGGAUUUUCAUGUUGAGAAGAAAGAAAUAAAUCCCAGUGCUGGCUUGUACUGUGGCUGUGAAAAUUA